AUGAAAAGCACCACAGUGAAAGAACAGCAGUGUGCCUCCUCACCAGCCAGCUGUGGGCAGCCGGCUUGUGAGUGGAUGAUUCAGGUUGCCAGAGACAGAACCCUCAGCUUGGCAUGGGCAGUAGCUCCCCUGUCAGCCCCGAGUUCAUCUGAGGUUGGCUUGGAAGGUGUGGGCACCAUUUGGCCCAGUUCUUAAAGCUCUGAAGAGAGCAGCAGGAAUGCUGAACGAAGACAACAACUUUCCAUCGAAGGCCCCUUUCAGGGCCAGACCUGCCCCUCGCACCCUGUGCUUCUCUGCCCCUGCCCGCCCAUGAGGGGCAAGAGUCAGGCAACCUCAUGCCAAGUGUAGAAAGGGGCAGACGAGGUCCAGGCUACGACGUCACCAGGCGGGGCAGAGAUGGCACGUCCAGAUCUAAAGGGUUAAAGGAGAAAAGGUGACUUGACCUCUCCUGAGAUAUUUUGGGGGACAAAGUGUGUAAAAGUGGCAGAGGACACAGUCCCAGCCUCCCUUAAGGGCCAUUAAAGCCUAGAAAAAUUGUCUGAAACAAACCUCAGCCAUUACAAAGACCAUCACACGAAUCUCCAGGAGAAAAGACAAAGAAAAAGGCCAAGGUGACGUGUCUGCCUUGGGGUCCGCACACCAGGGCCUUCAACAUGACCCAUUGAAGGGUCUCACACCGCCGCCUCCUAGACGGGCCUGAAGGCUCCACGAGGUUUUGCUGAGACCUCUGGGUCCCUGUGGCCUCAUGCAGUGCCCAGCAUACAAUAAGUGCUCAAUAAAGUUUGGCUACAAAAGAGACAAAGCUGGUGGCGUCUGAGGAAUAACUGGAUCCUGCUGCAACAGAUGCUCACACGGAAGAGAGCAGGAGCCACAUCUCGUUCGGGAACCUGCAGAGGCUGAAGCUGUCGCAGACGGGUGUAAAUCGCUGGGAAAAAAUGUGAAACAUCUGUUUUCUCCUUUGUGCUUUUCUCCAUUUUCGGGAUUUGCUGCAGUGAACAUCUAUUGCUUUAGGAGCCCCAGAUGGAAUUAUUUUCAAAGGAAAAUGAAGAGAAUUAGGCGGCCACACUGGAGCGCUGGCUGGUACAGGGAGAGAUUGCAGGGAAGGAGGGAGAGCUGGGCGGGGAGCCAGGAGAUCUGUAAACCCUGACGCUGCCACCAAGGUGAGUCGUGGGUGGCAGUUUUCCAUCCUGACUGCAAAAGGGGGUCACCUGGGGGGUGAGUGGAUUCUUUUAAACAUCAUCCCAGUGCCCGAGCCUCCCCCGGACCUGUUAUCGUCUCAGGGUGGGCCCCCCUGCCGGUGACUCCAGUGUGCAGCCUGGCUGCAACACAGUGGCCUGGGUUCUUACUACUGACCCCUACCGUCGGCCUCAACCACUGCGGCCUCCUGUGCACCCUGAUCCAGUGACUGAUUUUCCACUUUUGGUCCUGACUCUGUCCCUACUUGCAGACUCCAAGUGCCUGGCUCCUCAUUCAGCUCAGACCCAGCCAGGCCAGACCCAGCCGGGCCAGACCCUGGGGCCCACAUGCCCCUUGCCAAGCUCAUCCAUGCCCCAUUUGGCCUGUGGGAGUGGGGGGUGUGUCCAGACAAAGAUACAAAAGACCAGCUUUUAAAACAUUUUGUUGGGGCCAAGUAUGGUGGCUCACACCUAAUCCCAACACUUGGGAGGCCAAGAGUCCAGGAGUUCGAGAUCACCCUGGACAACAUAGGGAGACCCCAUCUCUAUACUUUUUUUUUUUUUUAAUUAACUGGGCAUGGUGGCACUGACCUGUAGUUCUAAGUACUCCAGAGGCUGAGGCGGGAGGACUUGAGCCCAGGAGGUCAAGGCUGCAGUAAGCCAUGCUCACACCACUGAACACCAGCCUGGGCGAGCCCCUAUAUCAAAAAAUGUAAAGUAAAAUGAAUCCUGUACAUUAUAUUAAGGUGCCCCAAAUCGUACUUAGAAGGAUUUCAUAGUUUUAAAUACUUAUGUUAUUUAAAAAAUUAAAUGACUGUAGCAUAUAAAUUAGGUUCUUAAUGGGGGAAAAAACACAAGAAAAUAAAUUAAGAAUCUGGAAACAAAGAUAAGAGCAGAAAUAAAUCAGAAACACAACCUUGCAGUCCUAACUCUUAAAGAAAAAAAAAUAGAUAAAGAGAACACAACCAGUGAAGCAGAACGUGGAACAGCAUCUAGAGCUGGUCCUGCUGGGCGCAGUGGCGCGCACCUGUGAUCCCAGCACUUUGGGAGGCUGAUGUGGUAGGAUCGCUUGAGACCAGGAGUGUGAGGUUGCGGUGAGCUAUGAUCACACCACUGCACUGCAGCCUGGACAACGCAGUGAGACCCUGACUCUAUUUAAAAAAGAAAAAAAAAGCCAGUUCCUUCCUUAUUUUAUUCCUUUCUAUUCAUUCAGCCAGUACUUAUGGGGCACCUCUGAGCACCAGGCUCUGUGCUAAGAGUUUUUGCCCCCAGGGCCCAGGCCAGGGGACAGGGACAGGUGAGCAGAUAAACAGAGCCAGUGGCAGCAGCAGGAGGAAUGUACGAUGGAGAGCUUGGCAGGGAAGGACAUGCAAGGAAGCAGCCCGCACUGCUGGGUCCACCUCCCCACCAUGUUGAGUGUCAGCAAGCCAGAAAGGACAGGCAGACCCUUGUUUGCGACCUGGUUAGUGACCUUGGAAAGGACAGCCGCUACCCAGAGUGCUGGGUGCAGGAGCCAAAGGAAGACAGUGGACUGCUGCAACAUGGAGAUCUUUAGAGCAAAAGCAAAAUAAAGCUAGAACUGGAGGCAGCUGGGGCAGCUGAGGCCAUGUGUUCAGCACUAAGGGGUGUGAAGCUUGAACGCUGGGAGAGUUCACACUGGCAGAAGAGAGGUUGGGGCUGCUGCAGGCCGCUGGGCAUUGCCCAACAAGACAGAGGGCAGUGGAAAGUGGCCCCAAAGAGAGGCUCCGUUCAGCUGGCAGUGGCGGUUCAAGUGUUGAAGCCGGUGGGCUGUGGGCAUCUGCUGGGGAGGGUUAAGUGGGGUGAGGGCCCAGCAGCCCUUUUUGGGGGGUCCCUGGGAAGCACAGAGAUCUGAAGAAGCAGGGAGUCGCAGGGCCCAUGCAGGGCAAGAGAGAAGUUGCUCCUGUGGGGCCCAAGCUGCAGGAUCCGGAAAACUGGGGCUCCCAGGGGGAGAAGUGGGUGUGCAAGGAUCAUGGCCAGGGAAGGGCCCAGGGGCCUGUGCAUGGGGGGAGCCUGGUUGGCUUCGAGAAGAUGGAGCUAAAGGCACGUUCUUGGAGGAUGUCUAGGCCACUAGUUGGGAUGUGAAGACCUGAAAAGCACAGAGCCUGGAAGCCCAGGAUGGACAGAAACCUACCCAAGCGGCAGGGCUUUGAAAGCCUUGGGGUGCAAUAUUCAAAAUAGCCACCAGAUGGCAAUAGAAUGCUGUAAAUGUUUUCUGGUUUUGGGCCACAGCCUGGGUGGCUGCUUCCUUCUCUGUGUAUUGAUUUCUUUUUUGAGACAGUCUUGCUGGGUUGCCCAGGCUGGAGUGCAGUGGUGUGAUCAUAGCUCACUGUAACCUUGAAGUCCCACGCUCAAGCCAUCCUUCAACCUCAGCCUCCUGAGUAGUUAGGACCACAGGCUUGCAUGACAGUGCCCGACUAAUUGUUUAUAUUUUUUGUAGAGAUGGGGUUUCACUCUGUUGCCCAGGCUGGUCUUGAACUCCUGGGCUCAAGGGAUCCUCCUGCCUCAGCCUCCCAAAUUACUGGGAUUACAGGUGUGAGUCACCAUGCCUGGCCUAUUUGGGGGGGUGGGGGGGACAGAGUCACCAAGGCUGGAGUACAGUGGCAAGAUCUUGGCUCACUGCAACCCCCACCUCCCAGGUUGAAGUGAUUUUCCUGCCUCAGUCUCCCGAGUAGCUGGUCCUACAGGAGCAUGCCACCACACCUGGCUAAUUUUUGUAUUUUUAGUAGAGACGGGGUUUCACUGUGUUAGCCAGGAUGGUCUCAAUCUCCUGACCUCAUGAUCUGCCUGCCUCGACCUUCCAAAGUUCCGGGAUUACAGGCGUGAGCCACCACACUGGCCUGGGCCUUCUCUUUUUAAGGGUGUAUGUGAGUGUCUGCUCUCAUCUUCAACUUCCUCCCUUACCCUAGCCUUGCUCUGUUUCUACCCAGUCACCUCUGCCCAUCUCUGAUAUAUUUCUCUCUCCUUUCACCCCUCUUUCUUCCCUCCUCAUACUCCACUGACCACUAUAGAGAACUGAGUAGUCUAAAAAUACAUUUUAUUUAUUUAUUUAUUUUGAGACAGAGUCUGGCUCUGUCAUCCAGGCUGGAGUGCAGUGGUGUGAUCUCAGCUCACUACAACAUUUACCUCCCAAGUUCAAGCAAUUCUCAAGUUAAAUUCCUCAGCCUCCCAAUAUCUGGGAGUACAGGCAUGUGCCACCAUGCCCGGCCAAUUUUUGUAUAUGUAUUAGAGACGGAGUUUCAUCAUGUUGGCCAGGUUUGUCUUGAAUUCCUGAUCCUCCUGCCUUGGUCUCUCAAAGUGCUGGGAUUACAGGUGUGAGCCACCACACCUGUCCUUAAAAAUACAUUAUAUUUAAUAAUAAAGCCCCAGUCGUCACUUUAAAAAGCAUCUAUGUAGAACAUUUAUGUGGAAUGAUACAGUGAGUUUGUACGAGGGAUAGUUUGCCUCUCCUUCUCGAUCAGGGCCAGGGACUCAGGUGAGCUUGGGCUGAGAUGUCAGGCCCCACAGUGAGUUGGGGGCAAAGCCAGGCUGGGACCGUCCUCUAGGACAGCUCUGUAACUCUGAGACCCUCCAGGCACCUCUCCCUGUACAUCUGCACUUCUGAAAAUCAAAUCUUUUUUUUUUUUUCUUUGAGACAGAGUUUCGCUCUUGUUACCCAGGCUGGAGUGCAAUGGCGCAAUCUUGGCUCACUGCGACCUCCGCCUCCCGGGUUCAAGCAAUUCUCCUGCCUCAGCCUCCUGAGUAGCUGGGAUUACAGGCACGCGCCACCAUGCCCAGCUAAUUUUUGCAUUUUUAGUAAAGACAAGGUUUCACUAUGUUGAUCAAGAAGGUCUCCAUCUCUUGACCUCGUGAUCCCCCCGCCUCAGCCUCCCAAAAUGCUGGGAUUAUAGGCGUGAGCCACCGCGCCCAGCCCAUAAAUCAAAUCAUUUUAAAGGAGCUUGGGUUCAUCACUGUUUAAAGGACAGUGUAAAUAAUUCUGAAGGUGACUCCACCCUGUGAUUUGAUCUCUUCCUUGGCUGAUUGACUUGACAGGACAUAGAAAGGUUUUUCUGGGUUCCCAAGCUGAUCACCUUGACUUGAGAAGGCUUGUGUUGGGCAUCCAGUGCCCACCCCGGGUUAAAUUCCCAGCAGAGUACUGCACUAGGCCUGCAGAGCCUGGUGAGGCAAAGCCCAGCCCAGCAAGCACUAGGCAGUGCUGGAGGCAGGCCAAGCCUGGGCCAGCCUGGGAGCCAACUGUGAGGCACGGGGUUGGGUGGCUGCAGGCUUGGGGCCAGGGAAGGAGGGCUGGGCUCUUUGGAGCAGCCUUGAGAGACCUGAAACCAAACAAAACCAGAUCGAGGUCUAAUGAGAGUUUGGGGCUGCUUUGGGUGCUCCAGGAAAUUGAUUAAACCAAGUGGACACACACACACCCAGCCCCACCUCACCACAGCCUCUCCUUCAGGGUCAAACGCUGACCACAGACAUUUCUCCCCUGACUAGGAGGCCCCUGGAUCCAAACUGGGAGCUUGCAACACAUUGUUCUCUCCCUUGAUGGAAUUUUUCAGUGUCUAUCCAGAGCUGAAGUGUAAUAUGUAUGUUACUCUGAGAAAUUAAAUUUCAGGAUUCUAAUUUCAUAAUGACCACCAGUCCCCUUUUCUCUCCCUUCUGUAAAUCUAAGAUUCUGUAAAGGGUGUUGACUUAAUGUGAUAAUUGACAGUAGUUCCAGUUCGCUUUGUUAAAUACCCUUUGUAGAUACCCUCGUGUCUAUUGCAAAAUCUCACAAAGGCUUGUUGCCUUUUUUGUGGGGUUAGAACAGGAAAAAGCCACAUGGAAAAAAGUAUUUCUAUGUAUGUUGCAGAUACUGCGUUAUUGUUUAAUGUCCUUUGAUUUGCUUGGUUUGUUUUAUGGAUUAGUACAGAAAACAAAGUUCUCUUCCUUGAAAAACUGGUAUGUUUUCUUUUUUCUUUUUUUUUCUUUUUUUUUUUUUGAGACGGAGUUUCGCUCAUUACCCAGGCUGGAGUGCAAUGGCGCAAUCUCAGCUCACCGCAGCCUCUACCUCCUGGGUUCAGGCAAUUCUCCUGCUUCAGCCUCCCGAGUAGCUGGGAUUACAGGCACGUGCCACCAUGCCCAGCUGAUUUUUUGUAUUUUUAGUAGAGACGGGGUUUCACCAUGUUGACCAGGAUGGUCUCGAUCUCUUGACCUCGUGAUCCGCCUGCCUCGGCCUCCCAAAGUGCUGGGAUUACAGGCUUGAGCCACUGUGCCCGGCCUGUUUUCUUUGUCAGUUAAGGAGAGUUACGUAACCCAUCAAGUUUCCCUUUUUGCCUCGGCCUCCAGGAAACUCCAAGCUAAAUGUAAUGAUCACUCUUGUAAUUGUCAGUGUCAACGCCCUCCCCUUCUUCUAAUGUUAUUCUUUACAUUUUCUUAUUUUAUUAUUGUGAGUGUGUGUUUUCUAAUUCUAAGCUGUUCCCACUCCUUUUUGAAAGGAGGCAAAUCUUCUUCUAAGACUUAUCCAGUGAAAAGCUAUGAAUAAAAAUGAUCAUCAAGCCUACAGGUGCACAGGCUGCUCCAGAGGCUGAGGCCAGAGGACCACUUGAACCAAGGAAUCUGAGACCUGGGCUGGGCAACAUAGCAAGACCCCAUCUCCAUUAAAACUUUUUUUUUUUUUUAAUUAAAAAAAAUAAUCUGCAAAGAAGGAGCUUAUGUGGGAUUCCUUAAAAUUGGAGGGUGGCGUGAAUUGAUUCAAAGACUUGUGCAAAGGGUCAUAGGGACGCCUUGAGAAGCAGUAUUGGAAAGCCUGUCCCACCUCCUCCCCCAGCUCCAGCCUGGGCUGAGGCACUUUCACCGUGUCUCCUUUCUGGCAGGAGAGAAUUUCAGUGUUCAGCAAAAGAAGUCUUGUUUUUAUAGGUUUAUGAGGAUGUUGCCUUGAGGACAGCCAGGACAACUUUGUUCUCACAUACAUAACCUGCAGGUACAGAAACACCCAGAUCUAAAUUCUUCCAUGGCUGCUUCUGACCUGAAAAAGUUGCUGAACCUCCAUGGAUUUCAAAUGGCCUCCUUGUCCUUAAUGAGGGGAUGGUAGGCAAGAAAGUUGAUGUGGCAUCAGAGGUUUAUCCCCCUCUAAAGGAGGAGUGGUUUGUACAUUUAAACACCAGAGGAGGACUUACAAAGGAAGAAUGUGAGUAUCUAAAAAUGGGACACAGGCAGUCCCGUGUUCUUUGCUGCACUAUUCGCAACAGGCAAGAUUUGGAAGCAACCCAAGUGUCCAUCAGCAGUCAAAUAGAGAAAGAAAAUGUGGCACAUAUAUACAAUGGAGUACUAUUCCACCAUGAAAAAGAAUGAGAUCCUGACAUUUGAAACCACAUGGAUGGAAAUGGAGGACAUUAUGUCAAGUGAACUAAGCCAGGCACAGAAGGACAGACUUCACAUGUUCUCACUCAUUUAUGGGAGCUAAAACUUUAAAAAUUCACAGAGAUAGAGAAUAGAAGGAUGGGCCAGGCAUGGUGGCUCACGCCUGUAAUCCAAGCACUUAGGAGGCCAACGUGGGCAGAUCACCUGAGGUCGUGAGUUCAAGACCAGCCUGACCAACAUGGGGAAACCCCGUCUAUAAAAAAAAAUUCUUUUUUUAAUUAAAAAAAAGAGAAUAGAAGGAUGGUUAGCAGAGGCUGGGAAGGGGAGAGGGGAGUGAGGAGGAAGUGAGGAUGGCUAAUGGGUGCCAGAACAUAGUUCCAUGACUAGAUCUCAUAUUGGAUAGCACAACAGGGCGACUGCCGUCAGCAGCAGUUUUAUAGUACGUUUAUAUUUAUUACAUCUGAAAACAACGGAAAGAGUAUAAUUGGAACGUUCAUAACACAAGAAAUGAGAAAUGCUUGAGGUGAUGGAGGCCCCACUCACCCUGAUGUGAUUAUUACACAUUGUAUGUCUGUAUCUAAAUAUCUCAUGUACCCCACAAGUAUACCCACUAGGUACCCAUAUAAAUUUAAAAUGAAAAAUGUAUAAAACAGGCUGGGCGCAGUGGCUCACGCCUGUAAUCCCAACACUUUGGGAGGCUGCGGUGGGUGGAUCAUGAGGUCAAGGUAUCAAGACUAUCCUGGCUAACAUGAUGAAACUCCGUUGCUGCUAAAAAUACAAAAAAAAAAAAAAUUAGCUGGGCGUGGUGGCAUACACUUGUAGUCCUAGCUAUUCAGGAGGCUGAGGCAAGAGAAUCGCUUGAAUCCAGGAGGCAGAGGUUGCAGUGAACUGAGAUUAUGCCCUUGCACUCCAGCCUGGGCAAUAAGACUGAAACUCUGUCUCAAAAAGUAAUUAUUAAAAAUAAGUAAAUUAAAAUGUACUUAUAAAAAAAUAAGUAAAUUAAAAUGUAGGCUGAGCACUGUGGUUCAUGCCUGUAAUCCCAGUGCUGAGGCUGAGGUGGGAGAAGCACUUGAGCCCAGGAGUUUGAGACCGGCCUGGGUGACAUAGCGAGACCCUAUCGCCACAAGUAAUUUUUAAACAUUAGCUGGGCAUGGUGGCACAUACCAGUAGUCCCAGCUACUUGGAAGACCGAGGCAGGAAGAUUGCUUGAGCCCAGGAGUUUAAGGCUGCAAUGAGCUACAAUGGCACCACUGCAUUCCAGCCUGGGUGACAGAGUGAGACCCUGUCUCUAUUUUUAAAAAUAAUAAAAAGUAAGGCGGGGUGCCGUGGCUCACGCCUGUAAUCCCAGCACUUUGGGAGGCUGAGACUGGUGGAUCACCUGAGGUCAGGAGUUCGAGACUAGCCUGACCAACAUAGUGAAACCCUGUCUCUACUAAAAUUACAAAAAAUUAGCCACACAUGGUGGCGGGCGCCUGUAAUCCCAGCUACUCGGGAGGCCGAGGCAGGAGAAUCACUUGAACCUGGGAGGUGGAGGUUGCAGUGAGCUGAGAUUGCGCCACUGCACUCCAGCCUGAGCAUCAAGAGCAGGACUCCAUCUCCAAAAAUAAUAAUAAAUGUAAAUAUGUGUAUGUUAGAAAAAAUACACCUGUCAGCAAAAAGCGGGUAAAGGAGCAAUUUUAGUCAUAAUCAAAGAGAUGCAGAAUAAGCCAACAAUGAAGUUCCUUUUAUUUUGGUCAAAGAAAUAAGCAAAACAAUGUUGUGAACAGCCAGUGCUGGCAGCAAUGUGGCGAAGCUGGCUCUCUCACCGGUACACAGGGAAGGCGCCUGCAACCCUUUUGGAAAGCCGUGUGGAAAGUUGCACCGAGAGGUUUCAGAAUAUCUAUAACUUUGACCCAGAAAUUCUAUUCUAGGACUCUGUGUUAUGAAAAUAACCCAUCGUAUGGAAAAAGCUCCUUUCAGAAAGAGCUUCAUGGGAGGCUUUUUUUGCUUUUUUUUUUUUUUUUUUUGCAUCAAAUCCAGCUCCGGCAGGACUGUUUGUAUGACUGAGUACAAAGUGGAAUCAAUACAAGUGCUGGACAGAGGGGAACAAUAUUCACAACGUGGAAUAGGACGUGUUAUUAAACAUAGUGUUUCUCAUGACUGUAGACCGCAGGGAAUGCUCAGGACAUGAUGGCACUUCUCUUGGGUUUUGUUGUUGUUGUUUUUUUUGUGAUGGAGUCUUGCUCUGUAGCCAUGGCGCGACCUCGGCUCACAGCAGUCUCCACCCGAGGAGUUGGGACUACAGUUGCACACCACCAUGCCUGGCUAACUUUUGUAUUUUUAGUAGAGACGGGUUUUCACCAUGUUGGUCAGCCUCGUCUCAAACUCCGGGUUUCAGGUGAUCCACCUGCCUCAGCCUCCCAAAGUGCUGGGAUUACAAGCAUGAGCCACUGUGCCUGGCCUAGAAUAUGAUAUCACUUCAUAGAGCAGGAUACAGAAUUGCGUGUGCACACUAAUUCUGCCAUGUCUAGGUCUACAGGGGUAGUUACAUGUAAAUGAGACUUCAAGGAAAGGCAACAAAAUGCAGUUGUGAUUGUGCUGGGCUGGGAAGAAAACGGUUUCAUCUUUGCUUUGAUGAGCUCUGUUUUUCAAAAUCAUCAUUAUAUUUUCUAAGAAAAUAAUCUUUUUGAAGCAAUAUAAAAGAUUAUGAAGAGAGAUGAGUUAGCUAUUGUUUCAUAUUUAAGAUUCAGACCAGUAAAAUUAAGGGAAAAAAUGAGAUGAACCAGAAGCCAGGCUGGAGCCCUGACCCCAGACACAGCCUCAGUCCUGGCUGAUGGGACCUCCAGAGCCCUGGCCUCCACCCAGCAUCCUCAAAAGAGCCACUGAGGUCUUGGUGCCGUUUUCAAGACUUCAGAAACGGCCUUGGCACAGCUGGUCCUUCACUGGGAAUUAUCGGCAAUUAUUUACAUCUGAGAUGAAUAAAAACCGAAGUGCUGAGAUUACAGGUACAGCAGCUCACACUUAGAAUCCCAGUACUUCGGGAAGCCAAGGUGGGCUGAUUGCUUGAGCCCAGGAGUUUUAGACCAUCAUAGACAAAUAGACCUUAUCUCUACAAAAAAUACAUAAAUUUGCCAGGCUGAAGUGGGAGAAUCACCGGAGCCUGGGGAGGUCGAGGCUGCAGUGAACCAUGAUGGCAUCACUCCACUGCAGCCUGGUCUCAAAAAGGAAAAAAACCCAAAGCACGCUAUUUCCAGAGUUUCUGAGGGGAAGGGCACCAGGUGAGGAAUAUUCCCACUGAUCUGAAGGACAAAAUGUCGUUUUUCAACUCCCUAAGCCGCGGUUGCCUAUUUCGUAGUUUUUCAGCAAACUGGUAAAAAUCAUUUCUCAUCAAAACAGUGAUAUUUUCACACUCCCCUGGUGUCUGCAGAAAGAACCUUCCAGAAAUGCAGUCAUGGGGGACCCAUCCAGGCCACCACCGCUUAUGGAAGAGCUGAGAAAAAGCCCCACGGGAGCAUUUGCUCAGUUUCCCUUAAGCGCCUGGUGGGACUGUAGGUGGAGAGGGCUGGAGGGUGGAAGGGAGGAGGAGGAGGCAUUGACUCUGCAGGGACAGAGCCCUCAGACAGACAGGACACUCUGCAUUUGUCUUCCCUACAAAGUGGCCUGGGUCCUGCCCACAGGGUCAGGGCCUCUCAAACCUGGCUGUGCGUCAGAAUCACCAGGGAAACUUUUCAAACCUAGAGAGACUGAAGCCAGAUGCCUCCAGAUUCUAAUUGUAGGUCCAGGCAGGGGCCCGAGAUUUUGAAAAUCCACAGGUGAUUCCAAUGCCUGACAGCAUGAGAACAGCUGCAGGAAGUUUCUGGGAAUGUUCCGGUGGGUCUAGCUGGGUGUGAGUGGAGAUGCCAGGGAGCUUCUUAUUACUCGGCGGUGUGGCCAAACACCGUUUUCACUCGACCCAGGCUGGUGCAUGUGCCCCUCUGGGGUUCAGGCCUCACGAUGCCAUCUUUCGGAGAAGUGAGUCACUGCCCCUGAGAUCCUAAAAUCCCAGCUUCCUAAAGCCCGCUUGGAAUCACUGACGGUUCUGGAAUACCUUCGGGGCAGCCCUCUCUUCUGUCCCUUCAACUCCCCCCAGGUGUGCCUCAACCUCCCACCACUCCCCAGGCUGCCCCUGCCAAGUCCAAAAGUGGACAUGUCCUUGGGAACAAGCAGGUGGGUCCUGGGUGGCGUUCACUCAUCCUUUUUUCUGGCUA